GAGAUGUGAAACUCCCAUUGAUUGAUCUCCACACACUCCCCGCUGACCAGAGAAAACACUCGAUAGCGAAUGCGAGAGGGGAUUUAAAUUUGACAAAUAUUUACCCACGGACCCUGACGGGAAAGGUGGCCGUUGUCUCGUGCGGCCCGAGAUGCCUCUGAAAACCCGCGCGGACACCGCUCGGAGGUAACGCGGAGGACCGAGAGACGCGUAAAAGCGGCACAACGGGGAGGCUCCUGCCCCGUUUCCCCCUCUCUCUCUCCCUGCCUCCCUCCCUCUCGCCUGCCCGCCCGCCAUCAUCAUCGCGUCCAUCCACCGCAGCCCUCGACGACCAUGGACCCCCCGAGGACUCGCUCGCGAUCUCGGUCCGGCUUCUACCAUUUCGGCAUGAGCGGCAACGUCGGAAGCAACGGCGGCGGUAACGCGGUCGGUAUCGGCGGCUUGAUGAUGCCUGCCGGAGCAGCAGGAGGAGCAGGAGGAGGAGGAGGAGGGGGGAGCUACGCGCAGCAGAGCAACCCCGGCUGGGCUCCGCACCACGGGGGUCGCAGCUACCCUGAGAGCCAGCAGCAGCAGCAGCAGCACCCGCCCCAGGGGAGCUACCUGUCCGCGGGGGCGCAGCGCCACUCCUUGCUCGGAGCUCACAGACACCCCGGGGCCGGAGGAGUGCUACAUUUUCAUCCCGAUAAUGUUUGCGAGGAUCGGGACAAAAUGGAAGACAGCCCAAGCCCGAAAAGGCAGCGUCUUUCCCAGCAGGCCAUGUUGGAUAUAAACUCCGCCCCUCCCUCUACUCCUUCCUCUCCCAUUCGCCCCUGGGAGUUGCCUCCCAGUCGCAGACCACACCCCCACUACAUGCCAGAGCGGUGCCACACGCCUGUCCGCAACCGACGCAGCCCUCCAAUGAGACGCCAGCGUGGCCGGAGAGACCGCCUGACCCGCCAUCACCACCACCACCACCACGCCCACAACAACAACCACCACCACCACUACAACAGCAACAACAACAAUCAUCACCACCACCACCACCCCAACGCCCAUCAUCACCACCAUCACCCCCACCACCUGCACUCCCACCACGGCCCAUUGCCAGGCCACCACGAUGAGAACUACCGCCACCCGGCUCCCCCUCAGGGCUACCCACCCUUCAGCCAGCAGCCUCCACGGGGGCCGGGGCUGGAAGAGCGGCCGGGGCACCAUCCCCCGAAUCCCUCGCCAAGGCCCCUCCACCAAUCGCCGAACCUGUCUCCCAGGCUGCUGCACCCUGUGGGCCAUCCACAGCACCCCCACCCCCACCCAUCCCAGCAGAGCAGUGUGGUGCUGGACCUCCAUGAGCAGGGUUCAGCUCCAGUGUCGUAUCCUUUGUCUCCUCCGGGAGCGCCACCGGGCCUGCCGCCUCGCUCCACUCCUCAGCAGAUCCCAGCAUGCUCGGUAGUCUUCAGUGGACAGCACUAUCCCGUCUGCAGCGUCCCUCCUCCUGUUCUUCAGACUUGUUCUGUGCAGCACUUGCCCAUGCCCUACCCGUUCCCGUCAUUGCUGUCCAGCGACCCAGCCUUCCUGCUCCCUCCGCCUCACCUCACCCACCCCUCAGCGCACCUUUCCCACCACCCACCUCACCUGCCGCAGCCCGGACAGUUUGGACCGUAUCCGACGCAGCAGGCCCGAUCGCCGCUACAGAGGAUAGAGAACGAAGUGGAGCUCCUCGGAGAACACCUGUCUUUGGGUGCCGGGCUCCACUAUCCUCCCGCCACCCACCCCGCCCUCACUCCACACUCCGCCCAGCUUCACUUCCUCUCCCAUGAGCCCCUGCCACAGGAAUUCUUUGGAGUGUCCUAUCCCAACUUCAUCCCCCGGCGUCUCCCGGGGCGACGGUACCGAUCACAACAGCCACUGCCACCUUCGCCUUACCACCCCAGCCUCCUGCCUUACUUCCUUUCAAUGCUGCCAGUCCAGCCAACAGGACCUGCGAUCAGUCUAGAGCUGGAUGUAGACGAUGGAGAAGUGGAAAAUUAUGAGGCCCUCCUGAACCUCGCUGAACGUCUGGGGGAGGCCAAACUCCGGGGACUAACCAAGGGAGACAUCGAACAGCUUCCUUCAUAUCGGUUCAAUCCAAAUAACCAUCAGUCUGAACAAACCCUCUGUGUGGUGUGCAUGAGUGAUUUUGAGUCCCGCCAGCUGCUGCGAGUCCUUCCCUGCAGCCACGAGUUCCACGGGAAGUGUGUUGACAAGUGGCUACGGGCUAACAGAACGUGUCCCAUUUGUCGGGCCGACGCCUCGGAGGUCCAGAGAGACUCGGAGUGACCAUGUGAGGGAGACAGCUGCUCCUCCAUGUUCGGCAUAACCUGCUCCUGAUAUAUUAAUACACAUGUACGAGCUUACACGCACACACACACACCCCACUUUGUUUUUGUGCAGCACUUUCCGCCUGUUUGUUAUCCUUUCGAUAUUGAUCCCUUCUUCCUUAUUUUUGAAUCUGAUCAGAGUCCCUCUUCAGCAGUUAUUUGUUCAUAUGAAAGCAAGCUGCCACAUCUCUUUUUUGAAUUUCACCAUCCAUGACCACUAUUCUGCUAGUUGUGUGGCAUGGAUCUGUGUGUGUCUGUGUGUGUUACACGUGCAUGCACUAUUACCGUGCAAGCGUUGAUUCGUCAGCCGUGUAGUGGCUGUGGCACGUGUGUGUGUGUGUGUGUGUGUGUGUGUGUGUGUGUGUGUGUGUGUGUGUGUGUGUG